AUGAGACGUCUUGGAUUUCACAACUUGAAUCAACAAAGAACAAGGAGGAUAAUAACUUCUUCUUCUUCUUCUUCUCCAACACUUCUUCCUCAUCUUGCAUCAUCAUUUCAAGAAACCAUUCUCUCAUCCCAAAAUCUAAAACCCAAAACAGAUCUUCCAAGCAGCUUCAUAUUCCUCCGAGAAUCAAACUCAUCGAUUUCUUGCCCGAGGAAUCAGGUUUCAGAUUCGGUGGACAGAAUUAAGCUCCGUGAUGGGAGAUUCUUAGCAUAUAAAGAGAGAGGUGUUCCAAAGGAUGAGGCCAAAUACAAGAUCAUUCUUGUUCAUGGGUUUGGAAGCUCCAAAGAAAUGAACUUCUCUGCUUCAAAAGAAUUGAUAGAAGAGCUAGGUGUAUAUUUUCUGCUCUACGACCGUGCCGGCUAUGGAGAUUCUGAUCCAAACCCGAAACGCUCGUUGGAAAGCGAAGCUCUUGACAUAGAAGAACUUGCUCACACGUUGCAGAUAGGACCCAAGUUUUACCUAAUUGGAGUUUCCAUGGGAUCAUAUCCUACUUGGAGUUGCCUAAAACACAUACCUCACAGGCUAGCCGGAGUGGCGUUUGUUGCUCCGGUAGUGAAUUAUGGGUGGCCGUCGCUUUCAAAGAAGCUCAUAAAGAAAGAUCACAGGAGAAGGCUUAUAAAAUGGUGUUUUAGGAUAUCAAAAUAUGCACCUGGAUUGUUACAUUGGUGGAUCAGUCAGAAACUCUUCUCAUCAACUACUUCACUUCUUGAAAGCAAUCAACUCUAUUUCAACAGCAACGACAUUGACAUACUCAAGAGAAUUAAAGGCUUUCCUAUGCUUACUAAGGAUAAACUACGGGAGAGAAAUGUAUUUGAUACUCUGAGAGAUGAUUUCUUGGCGGGGUUUGGACAAUGGGACUUCGAUCCAGCGGAUGUAAGAAUGAGUGGAGAGAGCUCUGUUCAUAUAUGGCAUGGAAAAGAAGACAAAGUGGUUCCGUCUCAACUUCAUAGCCGCCUCCGUCUCAGAGAGAGUCCGCUGCUUCCAGUUCCACCUUUCAGGUUCUGA